AUGGGAUUGUUCAUGCGUAUUGUUGAACGACUCUCCACUGCCUUUCCAUUCUUUCAACAAAGGCGAGAUGCUACCGGAAGGUUCGAUCUCUCGACACUACAAAAGAUUACAGCAGCAAUUGGUAUAAUGGCAUAUGGAUGUCCAGCUGAUGCGGUUGACGAAUACCUCCGGCUUGCUCCAAGCACGACGCUUUCAUGCUUGGAACAUUUUGUUGAAGGAAUCAAUGAUUUAUUUGGAGAUGAGUAUCUAAAGAGACCCACACCGGAAGAUUUGCAACGACUACUUGAUAUUGGAGAGUUUCGGGGAUUUCCUGGGAUGAUAGGAAGCAUCGACUAUGUCGAGCGUGCUUUUGGAGUAUUGCAAGCUCGAUUUGCCAUAGUCAGAAACCCUGCUCUUUUUUGGGAUAAGGCAAAAAUUGGAAAGAUAAUGAGAGCGUGUAUCAUACUGCACAAUAUGAUAGUAGAAGACGAACGAGAUGGAUACUCAGGAUACACCGAGUUUAAUGUGUUAGAAUUCUCACAAGAACAAUCUGACAGAACUUCACAAGUGGAUGCCACAUAUUCUGUGGAACUUUCAAACCUCGCCGAUAUGAUGAUCACUCGAAAUGAUAUUCGUGAUAGAAAAAGACAUCAACGAUUGAAAGCUGAUUUGGUUGAGAAUAUAUGGCAAAAUUUCGGCACAAGUCAAGAUUAUAAUUAA